AUGUGGCCGUUUACUUCUGAAAAAAGCGACUCGGCAGAGAUCGCCAAAGAGUUGCCUGAAGAUUUAAAGCAAUUUUUCACUGAGACUAACCCAGAACCAAACCACAGAUCCAUUUUCGAGGUUUCUCCAGAGCAAAAGCGUGUUAACGAAGUGCUUCUCAGGGCCGAAAAGGACAAGACUUACUCAGAUGAGUUUGAAAGAUACAAGCACGUUGAAAAUGCGAAGAAGGUCUGCUCUAUCAACUGUGCUGAGAUCCAGCAGGAGGUGUUGGAGUGUUUCAAAAGCUGGAAGUUUGCUGGACUUGAGACCCCAUGUACUCAGGAAAUCAAGAGAACAUCGCAGUGUAUGGAAAUCCAGAAGGCUGCGUUGAAAAAGCUCUAUUAUGACGAUUGUGUGAGUAUACCACAAUGCAAUCAAAUCAGAUACAUUAUAGAUAAGUUGUUUGUGGAGAACUUUGGCCAGUUGGGUGAUAAUGUAAAUGACGAAACUAAGGCCAAGUACGCUAAGGACUUAGAUAAGGUGUUCUACAAGAUAUGGCGAUAG